AUGGAAGAAUCGUCGAUUGAGGAAUCAGUGGCGAGCGUGAUCGAAGAAGCGAAGGAGGUUCAGGAAGCAGUUUCUGCGCACAUCUCUAAAUCCUCCGCCGACGAGGAACCUCUCCGCCAGCGUGUCCGUCGCGUCGAUUCCAGAAUCCACUCGCUACGUUCCUCUCUCGAUUCUCUCCUCUCCAGCAAACUCAUCGCUCCCUCUUUAGCCGAUAAGUUGGAUGAAGAUUUGCAGAGAGCCAGAUGCAUCAUCGUCGAUGGUGAGGCUUCAUCGCUUCUCCCUGGCCAUGCACAAGGAAGCUUUUUGAGGAUGUUUCUGGGACCUAUCAACGUGCGUGCCUCCAGGAAGGAUGUUCAGCUCAAGGUCAAAGAGGAAUACAACAGUUACAGGGAUAGAACUGCCCUGCUAUUCUUGCUUUUUCCUUCAAUCCUGCUUAUUCUAAGAUCUUGGGUUUGGGCUGGAUGCUUGCCAGCUUUUCCUGUUCAGAUGUACCAGGCCUGGCUGCUAUUCCUUUACACUGGUUUGGCAUUGCGAGAGAACAUAUUAAGAGUCAACGGAAGUGAUAUACGUCCUUGGUGGAUAUAUCAUCAUUAUUGUGCCAUGAUAAUGGCCCUCGUGAGUCUCACUUGGGAGAUUAAAGGACAACCAGAUUGUGCAAAAAAGCAGAGAGGUGUACAACUUUUCCUACAGUGGGCUAUGAUGCAAGGAGUUGCAAUGCUUUUGCAAAAUAGAUAUCAACGCCAAAGACUUUACACUCGUAUUGCAUUAGGAAAGGCUAAGAGGAUGGAUGUUGUUUGGGGCGAAACAGCUGGCGUGGAUGGCCAACUGUGGUUGUUGUGUCCCAUACUCUUCACAUUGCAGGGAUUUGAGGCAUAUAUUGGACUUUUGUUGCUCAAGACUGCAGUUGUUGGGGUUGUUUCUGAGUGGCAGGUAAUAUUUUGCGGUAUUCUGUUGGUCUUAAUGGCUGUUGGGAACUUUGCAAAUACAGUACAGACUCUGAUGGCGAAAUCAAGAUUUAAGGCCAAGAUGAGAAGAAGCAAGAGCAAGCAGAGGCUGAAUUAG